AUGUGCGCGAGUGGACCAACAUGGCGAGACUCUCUCAGUAAGAGAAUCAUCCUGGACAACGGAGCUUAUGAGAUCAAGUACUCAGCAGCUUCUGAGUUAAAGCCUCAGAAGAUUUAUAAUGCUGUGGGGAAGGAUAAAAAGACCAGAGCGGUUUAUGCUGGAAAUAAACUGUUUGAAGAGUUAGAGAAUGGUCAUAGCAAUAUGCAGAUAACCUACCCAAUUAUCAGGGGACUGCUGCAUGAUUCAGAUCUUGAGACAGUCAUCUGGAAGCAGAUUUUCUCUAAGUUCAAGAAAAUGGAGGAGAGAGCAAGUUGCUUAGCAUUGACUUUGCCCCCAGUACUCCCUGAUAUCGUGUAGAAUAGACUGGCAGAGAUAGUGUUUGAAGACUUUGAAUUCGAUGGAUUAUUUAUGAGCUCAACUCACUCAAUGAUUAGAGAAGCAGCUAUGAUUGAACAUCCAGUAAAUCUAGGCGGUGGAGCUCCAAGUCAAUAAUGUGAAUAUGUAGUAGACUCAGGCUUCUCUUAUACUUACGGAGUACCAUUUUUCAAUGGGAGACCUCUUAAGUAUGCAGCGACUAGAAUUGAUGUAGGGGGUAAGCUCUUGACUAAUCUGUUGAAUGAAAUCAUCUCUUACAAAGAAAUAAAUCUCUAGGGCGAGACUCAUCUUGUAAAUGAUAUCAAGGAGCAACUUUGUUAUGUCUCAACCAGCUUCAAUGAAUAACUAGAGAUCUGCAAGCAGAUGCUUAACCCCAUAGCAAAAGAGUAUGUUCUGCCAGAUUAUAAGAAUAAUAAAAGAGGCUAAAUUAGAGAUCCAGUCGUUUUCUAGCAACUUCCUCCAGAUCAGGAAUAGAUUAAUACUAAUACGAAUCAGAGAGCACCUUAGUUGUAAGCCAUUAAAAUCUCUAACGAAAGAUUCUCAGUGCCAGAGGUAUUAUUUACUCCUUAGGAUAUUGGCAUUAAUGAAGCAGGACUUCCAGAAAUGAUUCAAUAGUCUGUUAAUAAGUGCCCAAAGGUGAUGGAAAGACAACUUUAUUAGAAUAUAAUCGUAUCAGGUGGCAACGCAAUGUUUACUGGGUUUAGAGACAGGUUAUACCAGGACAUGCAAAGCUUAAAGCCUGAUGGUAGUGAAGUAUAAAUAUAUGAGCUGCAAAAUCCAAUUACAUCUGCCUGGAAAGGACUUAGAUAGUUUUGCUAGAAUAAAAACAAUUUUGAAGAGUAUGUCGUUACCCGAAAGGAAUAUCAAGAGGAAGGAUUUAGAGUGCUAAAGAAAUUCUAUUUAUGA